AUGGCACAGUUUCCUCCUCCUCCUCCCCCUCCUAGACCCCAAAGACGCCAAACAGACCCAUCUGCCCUCCUCCCUUCUUUCAUGGCUACAGGUACACUAGCUAUUACCCAUCGCCGACAAUUGGAGCAAUCGGAACUUAGCUUGACUCGAAGUACUACCAGUCAGCCAGUACAAGUGCCAGUACAAGUACAAGUACAAGUACAAGCAGAAGUACAAUCCCUUCACCAGCCCCUCCAUCCCCAGCAAUACUUCACCCCAUUGGACUUUGCUUCCCCCCCAGCCCCCACACCCCAAGGACUUCCUGCUCUCCCCCUUCCAACCCCUCAACUUGCACCCUCUCUUCCACCUCGCAGAGGCCGAGCCCGAACCCGAGCCCGGACCACACCCCCUCGUCGUCGCCGUCGCCCUCGAGCCGAAGAAUUCGCUCCUGCUGCUGCUACUGCUCCUACUCCUACUACUACACCUUCCGAACCAACCAGCAGCACCACCACCUUCGCAUCCACCAUCGCCACGGUCCGAGCCGCCUCAGCCGCCUGGGUAACCGACAAACGACGUGACCGCAAGAAGCGCCGCGUAAUCCACGCUCAUGAAACACAGGGACACGAUUUCGACAUGAUGUUGGACUGGCAACACGAAUUAGAUGCGAUGAGUGUACUGACGACUGAGGAGGAUUGGUACGGGAUGAUGAGGAGGGGUCAGGGCCAUGGACGUGAGAUGGAACCUGAAGAGAAGAUGGGGAAGGGAGGAAAUGUAAGUGGAGAUGAUGAUGAGUAUUUUGAUGCUGAUGAUGAUGGAGAAGAAGAGGAAGAAAAAGGAGAAGAAGUACCCGCAGAACCCACCUUUCAAGUUAGCGAACGUUGGCGUCAACGAGGAGCAGCGGGUCUAGCGAAGGCUCGCUGGGCAUCUCAGCGAUAUCAAGCUAAGAAGCGAGUUAGGAAAACUGCUACCUGGCUUGUUGCUACGCCUGAGCGAAGAAACAGAAUGGAGCUGGAGGCUGCUGAUGCUAUUCCUUUCAUCGCCGAUGCCACCCCCGUAGGCCCCGUCCCCCCUCGCUCUAUGGAACCCUGGCUCCGCUCCGAACGCGAGACGCUCCUCCGCAUAAUCGACUCCCGCAACCGCACCACACACCUCGACAACAAACUAGAUCUCGUUACCAGCGCCUACAACCGACGCAUUAGCGGCACCCUCCAGCGAUGCGGCGAGUACUGUGUUGCCAUCGGCAACGGACAAUCUCGUCGGGACUCGCAGUUGACCGAGGAUCGCACUGCGCCUGUUAGGACGCAGAUAUCGAUUAAUGCGAAUAUGCGCAAGUGGAUUGAGAGAGGGGAUGUAUGUGAGUGUAGACAGCAUCAGAGAUAUUUGGAGGGGGAUUUUGAGAGGAGUGGGGGGUUUCCGGGGGGUCAUGCGGUGGAGAGGUGUGUAGAGGGGGAGGGGGGGGAGGCGGAGGAGGAUAGUUGUUUUUGUGGGAAUUAUUUGAGGGAUUAUAAUGGGGGGUUUGAGGAGGGACAUGGGGAGAGGUAUUGUAGUGCGAGUCGUCAGGGUUGA